AAGCUCCCAAUCGAUGCCUUCGGAUCUCGAUGUCUUCUGUCUUUUGAUUUUCGCCUGACUGUUCUCACAUACUUCGUGCUUUUUGUCUGGUCCCGUGACUUCCACAAGCCCCAGUGUAUGGUAGGUCUGUGGUGGUGAAAACCAUAAAAGCAGCCCAGGUCAGAAUUAUUAUAGCCACUAAAUUAUGAGCCAGCGGAAGAGAUGCCAUCGAGUUAUGGCUUGAUGCUGCUUCUGUUGCUGCUGUUAAUGGUGCUUUCAUACAACGCCAGUCCUGUAAACAAAUGCCUGAGAGAGAAGUCCUGCAAAACUCGUCCCCCGGUCGUCUUGAUCCCAGGAGACCUGGGGAACCAGCUGGAAGCCAAGCUGGAUAAGCCCAGUGUCGUUCACUAUGUCUGCUACAAGAAGACUGAUGAUUACUUCACCCUUUGGCUCAACUUGGAGCUGCUGGUGCCUGUGGCCAUCGACUGCUGGAUCGAUAACAUGCGGCUGAUUUACAACCAGACAACGAGAAGCACAGAGGCCCCCCCUGGGGUGAUUGUGCGGGUGCCUGGAUUCGGGAAGACUUACCCCCUGGAGUUUCUGGACCCCAGUAAACGCACUGUGGGUAUCUACUUCUUUGCCAUAGUGCAGGCGCUGGUGGACUGGGGAUACACACGGGACGAGGAUGUUCGGGGGGCUCCUUAUGACUGGCGCAAGGCCCCCAAUGAGAACAAGGCCUACUUCCUGGAGCUGCAGAAGAUGAUCGAGGAGAUGGCUGAGAAGUAUGGCAGCCCUGUGCUGCUGAUGGCUCAUAGCAUGGGCAACAUGUACACACUGUACUUCCUAAACCAGCAGCCGCAAGCCUGGAAGGACCGCUAUAUCAAGGCCUUUGUUGCCCUGGCACCUCCCUGGGGGGGCGUGACUAAAACGCUCAGAGUGGUGGCAUCAGGUGACAACGACCACAUCCCGCUGAUCAGCCCCCUGAAGAUCCGCUCCCAGCAGCGCACUGCCGUCACCACCACGUGGCUCUUCCCGUAUGCCAACAGCUGGUCCGCCGACCAGGUGCUGGUGUCGACGCCCAACGCCAACUACACGCUGCGUGACUACCAGCGCUUUUUCUCCGACGUGGGCUUCCCAGAGGGCUGGGCCAUGCGGCAGGACACGGAGCCGCUGGUGAGCGCCCUGGAGCCGCCCGGCGUCACCGUGCACUGCCUGUACGGUAGCGGCGUGCCCACAGCCGAGGCCUUCCACUACGACGCCUCCUUCCCGGAUGUGGAGCCCAGCGUGGUGGAGGGCGACGGCGACGGCACGGUGAACCUGGUGAGCGCCACCCAGUGCCGCCGCUGGUCGGGCCGUCAGCCGCAGCCCGUCCACCUGGUGGAGCUCCCGGGCAACGAGCACGUGGCUAUGCUGCUUAACGGCACCACGGUGGCAUACAUCAAAAACGUGGUCCUCUCCCCCUGAUAGCCCAGGCAGAGCGGUGAUGUCAUAGUCUCGCCUUCACGCUACAAAGGACGCAGAAGUAUUCUAAGAAUCCAAGACCGUAGUCAAUAGAUCAUUUCUAUUGGGCUUGUGGGACUGCAAAGUAUAACAAGCGGACUCUUCUGCUAGUCCCGGUUUGUUUGAACAAAGACUGAGCCCAGGAUUAAAACUGGCUCCGGUUUUAAUUGGCCUUUUAAUUUUUUUCUUUUAAGGUGUGUUACCGUUAUAUUUUGUUUAAUUUAAUUCUCCUGCAUUUGCAGCCCUGUCAAACCACUACUGAUGACGGUUGCCGCUGCAGCCUGAAUGUUUGACCUUUUGAGGUUUUAAGUGUCUCCAGUCGUCAUGCCAACCGGAGGCCUUUAUUCUCAGUGCGGGGUGGGAGGGGGAUCCUGGCCAUUUUUACGGCUGACCACCUUUCACCUGUCAUUGUUUUCCUUGAGUAUAUUGAUUGUUAUUAUUAUUGGCUUUUAUUUUGAUAUACAUGAUUUUGUUUAUAGGAUUUCCUACAUUGUCCAUAGAGGGGUGAUCAGUGCCCUUUCUGAACGGACACCUGUUACAAUUGACCUAGUAACCUCCAUUCAUGAGUUGACUUGACCUCAGUCCAAGAACAUGUAACUGUCACGUAGUUAAACUGUAAAAAACUGUCUUUGAGCUGUACUGUGUGCCGCAUGUGUGUGCGCCCAGCCUACUGAGACCGUUCUCUUCACAGCACCUUCACUUGAUAAGGGACCACACGUUUGCACACCACCCCGCAUUCUCCCGGCACCAGCUCCGCAGGCUUCCUCAGACUGCCGCGUGCUGUUGCGUUGGCCUUGGACUGUGCUUUUACAUGCUGAAAUAAUAUUAAAAGUUUUUUGGGGUAUUACAUUCUUAAGUGCUAAAUAUGACUGUAGUUCAACAUUUCAUUAUUGAUAGUGCCUAGUUCCUGAAACAUUUGGUAAUUAAAUGAAAAUGAAUCUAAGCUUAUA